AUGGCGCGAGAGCGGCUGCUCUGGGGUAAUGCAAGCGAAUGGCUAAAUGAUAAAUACCCGCCGAUUCCUCGCUUUGUAUGCGCAUGCACUACCGCUUUGGAAGACCAUCGGUACGCCCAUAUCACCGCACGCUGCCAGGAACUCAACGACAUAGCGAUGACGCAUACUUCGAAGCUCACGCCAGAGCAAAUACGGGACGGUUUGUCGAUCGUCGCCGCCGCUGUGCACGGGCAGGGAUUGAAUAUCAACAUGGUCGUCGUUGGAGGUAUAGUUAACACGAUGCUACUUCAUACUCGCCAAUCUACAACCGAUGUCGACGGCUUCUUCCGCACAAAAGCGCGGACAGUCGAUACUUCGCGUGUCCUCACCGCUGCUACAUCUGCGGCGUGCAAGGGCCUUGGAUUACAGGAAGGCUGGCUAAACGAUGAUGUUGCGCUUUACGUGCAGGACCAUGCUCUCAGAGAGCUAUAUGAGGAAGCGCUCCAGCAAAACGAAAUCGUCUUUCAUGCGUCUGGCCUCACGGUCUACGCCGCGCCAUGGCGCUUUUCGCUCAUCACUAAAGUCGACCGACUAUCAAAAGCGGGAGCACGUCCGUAUGAUAUGCCCGAUGCAGUGGCAUUCUUGGGGUGUCUUAUAGCUGAGCGCGGCGCGGUGCCACUGCGAAGGGAGGAGCUGGCAUCCUGGGCUAUUGAAUUUGAGUUGCCCAUACCAAGCACAUGGGUGUUGGACGCUCUCGAUGAGGCGUAUUUCAUCGCCAACGGAGUUCACGGACUUCUCGGGUAG